AUGGAAGAGGCCCCUCUGCUCGGCGCGAUGCCCGGGCCCGACGAUGAGAUGGCGACCGAGCUCUUCAGCGCCGAGCGCCCGUUCGUGCCGGAGGGCCUGGCCCUGAGCCCCGCCGUGGUGGUGAAGUCCGAGCAGGACGAGCUGCCCGUGCUGGGGGACGCGUACUUGGGCGCCGCGGACCCCGGGGAGCCGCUGCUGCGCGCGCUCAGCCCUCCGCCGGGUGCCGCCGGCCAGGGCGACGUCCCGGCCGCGCUCCUCGGGGACCUGGCGGGGCUCCCCGAGCUCCGCGCCCCGGAGGACGCCGCGCCGCCGCCCGCCUACAGCGUGCACGUGCUGUCCUCGCUGCUGCCGCUGGGCGCCGGCGUGCGGGUGAUCCCAGUUGAAAUAAAGGACACAGGUGGCACUGUUGCCAGUAGCAACCCAGAGGAAGCAGCUUUCCAGAACCCUCUGGCUCAGGAGUUCUGUUGCAAAUUCCCAUCAUCCCAGGAGGCAGAGGACACCUCUGGCUGCUCUCGCAAGAAAGACUCAAGCCCGAUGGUGAUUUGCCAGUUGAAAGGAGGCACACAAAUGCUGUGCAUAGACAAUUCUGGCACAAGAGAGCUAAAGGCGCUCCACUUGGUUCCUCAGUACCAAGAUCAAAAUAAUUAUCUUCAGUCAGAUGUCCCUAAGCCAAUGACUACUUUAGUAGGAAGAUUUUUGCCAGUACCAGCAAAAUUAAACCUCAUUACACAACAACUUGAUAACGGCACCCUUCCAUCAGCAGUCAACGGACCGGCUUUCCCCUCGGGACCGACUCUGCCAGGACCACCCAAAAUAACUUUGGCUGGGUAA